UCAGUCUUCUCUUACCAUUUCAAUUUGCCAGCGUUUGAUCAUUUGUCCUGUGCUACAAAAAGCAGCUACUUAUAAUUAUCAAUCCGGAGCUCCUGCAAGAGGAGGGGCUGAUGAUGAAAGCUGAGGAUGGCCCUGGUGGGGCCGCUCGCGCUUUCACAAAGCAUGACGUGUCGGGUGGCGUGCAUUUGGAAAGAGGGCCCAACUCAGCCCCUGCGGACAGCACGGACUUGCGAUCAGAAGAUCUAGAACAACCAAUGUACCCCAGGUCUUUUGAAUCCAGCGCCGAUGUUUCUAACCUCAGCAAACGAGCCCCCUGGUGGAGUAGAUGGAGGACGUCUGGAAGCUGGCAAAAGGUAUCCACUUCUGAAAAGGAACCGAGCCCUCAAGCCCGGGGACCCCACGGACCGAGCAGAGGGUCCAAGCUUCUCGCAAGCGUGGCGGGCGCUUCAGUCAUUGUCAAUCUAGUCUUGCUGAUGUUGUUGCUGGUAGCUUCGGGGCUCUGGCAUGUGACGUCCGGUGGGGGGAUAGCUUUGCUCGGAAGCUGGGCGGUCGACGAAGCGAGCACCGUGUUGGCUGCAGAAUCAUUCGUUUGUUCGGGGCGAGGGGUGCGGUAUGCAGACACGACCGGGGACGGCUGCGAGUGUGACCAGUGCUAUCACGGCCUGGACUGCUCGGAGCUCAUGUCAAACUGCUCCGUGGAUCUCAGCAGCGGCACCCCGACUCUGUUCCAAGAUUACUGGACGGCAAACCUCGAAGCAAGCGCUGCCUUCAUUCCGGGGAACUUCCGCCUCGGCUACUCGGACGGCAAUCUGGAGGGGCUGGAAAGCGCGGUCCGAAAACUGCAUGCAACUGUGGGGAAUGUCAACAUGGACGGCCGACAGCUGGUGAUGUCAGCGGGGUCAACACAAAUGAUCUUUGGGCUGCUGUAUGCGAUAAGCGCCGUGAACAGGGAGAACGGUUUCCAGGGGAAGACGGCGGUGACGUCAGCGCCACCAUACUAUAACCUGUACUCGUACGGGACAAAGAUGGAGAGUUCCGAGCUCUUCGAGUGGCGCGCCUACGCUGACGUCAUCAACGCGUCAGCACCCAGUAUCAACUUCGUCGUGAGCCCGAACAACCCCGACGGGCGCUUGGGGGAUCCGGAGUUUCCGCCGCCCUCGGUUGCGAUCCACGACUUCGCUUACUACUGGCCGCACUUCACGGCGAUCACUGCGGAGGCGGAUUAUGACGUCAUGCUGUUUACGCUGUCCAAGGUGUCGGGCCACGCGGGGUCUCGCGUUGGGUGGGUUUGGCUAAGGGACGCCAGGUUAGCGGAGGUUCUUCGACUAUACCUUAUGAUCCACAGCAUUACUAUGUCACACGAGUCCCAGUACCGCGCGAUCAAGCUCAUUUCCGCGAUCACUGACGGGUAUGCAAGCGCCGCCGAGCGCACUGCGAGCCUCACGGGGUUCACGCCGCAAGCAGCCGCUGCCGAGGGGCGCCUGUUCCACUUCGCGAAGCUCGUGAUGCAGAAUAGGUGGGACAGACUGCACUCCGUGUUGGGAACGACGGGGACCGAUUCUCAAACGAGAGUCACCAUUCAGGCGUUGCCGCCCGCAGCUUCCUGCGGGUUCUUCCAGCAAACCGUCACUCCUUCCCCUGCCUAUGCGUAUUUGCACUGCCGCUUGGCCACCGAUCCAGACUGCUUCGAGCUUCUUCGCGCGAACGGGAUCGUUGGACGUCCGGGUGUGGUUUUCGGAGGCGAUAGUUCAUUCGUACGGCUCAGCUUGCUCGGUCGAGAAAGCGACUUUGUAUUGACGCUCGAGCGAUUGAAGACCAUUGCCGAAUCAUGACUGUUUGAUGCGCACUGAAAUUGUAGACUUACACUAUUGUACAAAGCUAUCAGCCUAGGUUAAACACAGGCAAUGUACCCUGCGGUAACUCCCCCUACAAUAGUUGUAGUGUACACUCAGGUCAUGCUGCAAUAUAUAAGAGCCCGUGUAAAAUUAAGUCCAUCAUUUGUUUGAAAGCAUGAUUGCAGAUCGAAGAAGGUUAUAGUCAGAAGCGUCUCGGAUGACCCUUAAGAAAUUCGAGAACCAUGGCUGGGUCGUUCGCAUCUCGAGGCUAGAGGCC